UCAUGGUCCAAUCAAGAAAGAAAUAAUGUAAUCAUAACUUUACUUGAGAAUUUUAUACUUUAUCCAGAGAACUUGCAGUAAUCAACACGGCAGUACAAAGUAUGUGUUUGCAUCAGAGAGUAGGCAUGCCAUCCAUUUAACAAACGACAUGAAAGCAGCAAAAAGGACACAGACAUCCACUAUCAAGCUAUCAGUCGACUGAUUAGACUGCAGUCCUGGUGCAAUACUGUAGCCAACCUGUAAUAUAAAUUAGACCGGAUCUCCAAUGAUGUCACAAAUAACUGAAAUAAAUCCUAGUGCAGUAGAAUCUUUGGAAAUGCAAACUAUACAAGUAACUUAUUCUGACUCUUCUCAAUCAGAAGAUGUACAUGUAACCAAUGCACAGACUGUAAUUGAAUUUACUAACUUAAAACAAGUCCCAGAGCAAACACUGUCAGGUGAACCGACUAUUGAAGAACCAUCUGAUUCAGACAUAACAGAAAAAGAACAAACAUUAGAUCCAGCCAAUGUUGUGAAAGGAGCGAAUAUUAGAGCACUUACUGAUGCUCCAAGCACCACAAAGGAUGUAAAUGAAGUCGGCAAUCGCUAUGAAUCACUUCGCCCCAAGAGAAAUAAAAGACUUGUUGAUGUUCCAAUAAUUACAGUAAAUCCACAAAAGGGCCAAAAAGCUAAUUCCAAGGGAGCACAUAAAAGGAAGACCAAAAAAAGAAAAACUCAGGAUGAGGACCUGAAAAAAGCUAAAAUCGUACAAGAAAACAACUUGAGUAAUGAACAGGUGGAUGAUGAUAAUCUAACAGUAUAUGUGAUGGAAGAAUGCAAUGCUACCACACAUGGACCUAUUCUAAUGAAAGCUAACCCUGAUGCACCUGGCUGUACCUGCUUAGUACAUAUAAAACAAGAGCAGGUUGACAAUGACGACCAGUGUGAUGUCACAAUUGAUAAUGAACCAGAGACAGUGGGGUGUGAAUAUAAUCUAUUAACUAUGGACUCGACAAGUUUAGAAAAAGGUGGAAAAAAUUUAAGAAAGUUAAAACGAAGGAAUUUUAGGAAACUAGCAGCUGAUGAGGAUGAGGCUGUUCCCGUGGUAACAGAAACAAAGAAAUUCAAAUGUUCAAUUUGCCCCAAGGCAUUCAAUAGAAAGUACCGUCUUGAGGAACAUGAAAUGACACACACUGGUGUGAAGCAGUUUCGCUGUACACUUUGCGAAGCUUCAUUCUUCAAGGCCUUUAGCCUAACCCUACAUCACAGGAAAAAACAUAAGGGAGAAACAUUUUCUUGUAUCAACUGCCAAGAAAUAUUUCAUGAUUUUCGUUCAUAUGAAAAACACAAUAAAACCCAUGUAGCUCAUGAGUGUAAAUUUUGCGACAAAACAUUUAACAGUUUGAAUAGACUUGAAAAGCAUGAAAUAAUUCACACUGGGGAGAAACCAUUUAAAUGUGAA